CCACCACCACCUUACGAGUACAAGUCACCUCCUCCACCUGCUCAUUCUCCACCACCACCUUACGAGUACAAGUCACCUCCUCCACCUGCUCAUUCUCCACCACCACCUUACGAGUACAAGUCACCUCCUCCACCUGCUCAUUCUCCACCACCACCUUAUGAGUACAAGUCUCCUCCACCACCUGUCCACUCCCCACCACCACCUUAUGAGUACAAGUCACCUCCUCCACCUCCUUCGCAUUCACCAUCACCAUAUUACUACAAAUCACCACCACCACGGCCUCCAUACUAUUACAAAUCUCCACCUCCUCCCUCACCAUCACCUCCACCUCCUUACAUCUACAAGUCUCCACCCCCUCCUUCUAGUCCACCCCCGAAGCCUUACUACUACAAGUCUCCUCCACCGCCGGUUCACUCGCCUCCACCACCUUAUUACUACAAGUCUCCACCACCACCACCACCUCCUUAUGUCUACAAGUCUCCACCACCUCCUUCAAGUCCACCCCAAAAGCCAUACUACUACAAGUCUCCUCCACCACCGGUUCAUUCGCCUCCACCGCCUUAUUACUACAAGUCUCCACCACCCCCCUCGCCCUCACCUCCGCCUCCUUACUACUAUAAAUCUCCACCACCACCGGUCAAGUCUCCACCACUACCACCUUACUAUUAUAAGUCUCCACCGCCACUACCACCUUACUAUUAUAAGUCUCCACCACCGCCUCCCAAGUCUCCGCCACCACACCCUUACUACUAUAAAUCUCCACCACCACCACCACCACCCAAGCACCUUCCUCCUCCAUACUACUACAAAUCUCCUCCACCACCUUCACAUCCGCUGCCACCUCCAUACUACUACAAAUCUCCACCACCACCACCACCACCCAAGCACCUUCCUCCUCCAUACUACUACAAAUCUCCUCCACCACCAUCACAUCCGCUACCACCUCCAUACUACUACAAAUCUCCACCACCACCACCACCCAAGCACCUUCCUCCUCCAUACUACUACAAAUCUCCUCCACCACCUUCACAUCCGCUACCACCUCCAUACUACUACAAAUCUCCACCACCACCCAAGCACCUUCCUCCUCCGUACCAUUACCCUCCUCAUAUGCACCAUCCGAUGAUAGUCAAGGUGGUUGGAAAAGUCUACUGCUACAGAUGCUAUGACUGGGGAUAUCCAAUCAAAUCACACGACAAGAAGCAUCUCAAAGGUGCCGUAGUGGAGGUAACUUGCAAGGUUGGAAAGGAUGAGAUCAAGGCCUAUGGUACCACUAAGAUCAACGGCAAAUAUAGCAUCUUAGUCAAAGGGUUUGACUAUAACAAGGACGGUGGGGCUGAGGCCUGCAAGGCGAAGCUCCACGCUGCACCCAAACAUUCACCAUGUAAGAUCCCCACCGACCUUCACUGGGGCAAAAAGGGUGCCAAGCUCAAGGUCAAGUCCAAGAAUCACUAUGAAGUUGUGCUCAAAGCUAAGCCAUUCGCUUAUGCUCCAAAGACUCCUUACAAGGAGUGUGAGAAAUCCAAGCCCAAGCCCAAGCCAAUGCCCAAAUCUCCACCACCACCGGUUUACCAUCCUCCAUAUGUCUACAAAUCUCCACCACCACCGGUUUACCAUCCUCCAUACAUCUAUAAGUCUCCACCACCACCGAUUUAUCAUCCACCCUACAUGUACAAGUCUCCUCCACCACCUGUUUACUACCCACCACCCACUUACAUCUAUAAGUCACCACCACCACCACCACCUUACAUCUACAAGUCUCCACCACCUCCAGCCCAUUUACCGCCACCAUACUACUACAAGUCCCCACCACCACCAGUCUACUCCCCUCCACCUCCAUACUAUUACAGUUCAUCACCAUCCCAUCUCUUCCCUGCCCUACACGAGAGUUCCUCCUUCACUGGUGCACUUCUCCAAUUACCAUCUUACAUAUAA